UGCUGGGAAGCGGAGCUGGCUAUGGCCUCGGCUAGCGGCGGCGGUGGCGGCGGCGGCGGCGGAGCAGCCGCUGCGGAGCCCGAGCGCCCCCACCAGCGGCCCUUCCUGAUCGGGGUGAGCGGCGGCACGGCCAGUGGAAAGUCCACAGUGUGUGAGAAGAUCAUGGAACUGCUGGGCCAGCAUGAAGUGGAUCACCGCCAGCGCAAGCUGGUCAUCCUGAGCCAGGACCGCUUCUAUAAGGUGCUGACCGCGGAGCAGAAGGCCAAAGCGCUGAAGGGGCAGUACAACUUUGACCACCCAGAUGCUUUUGAUAAUGACUUGAUGCACAUGACCCUGAAACACAUCGUAGAGGGCAAAACCGUUGAGGUCCCGACUUAUGAUUUUGUGACCCAUUCCAGGUUACUGGAGACAACUGUGGUUUACCCUGCGGAUGUGGUUCUGUUUGAGGGCAUUUUGGUAUUCUAUAGUCAAGAGAUCCGAGACAUGUUUCAUCUUCGACUCUUUGUUGACACCGACUCAGAUGUGAGACUCUCUCGUAGAGUUCUCCGAGAUAUGAAUCGUGGGAGAGACUUGGAGCAGAUCCUAACACAGUACACCACCUUUGUCAAACCUGCCUUUGAGGAAUUCUGCCUGCCGACUAAGAAGUAUGCUGAUGUGAUCAUCCCUCGAGGGGUUGACAACAUGGGACAUCCUUCUCUCUCCUGGUCUUCCCUACAUGAUUACCUGCUGGUGGGUCUACCUGCAUCAUCAUUACUCCAAUCCAUCCUCCAUUCAGCCAAAGUUAUUUUCCUAAAAUGCAGUUGCCAUCAACCUGAUUGUACAGCAUAUUCAGGACAUUUUGAAUGGGGACAUCUGCAAAUGGCAGCGGGGAGUUCCAAAUGGGCGGAGCUACAAGAGGACAUUUCCUGAGCCUGGAGAUCCUGCUGUUGUUCUAACUUCUGGUAAACGAUCCCACCUGGAGUCUAGCAGCAGACCCCACUGAGGAGCUAGAGGCUGUUAGCCUAUAGGGCCGAUCUUCCUUGAUGACAUCUGUAUAAUGACUGGGUCUAGUUACUUUUUUUUUUUUUUAAACAAAACCCUCAGUAUUUAGAAUUACUCUUUUAGUACCUGUUACAAAAUGAUUAUAAGAUGAAAUUAUUUAACCAUUUAGGAUAGAAAAGUUAAUUUUAUUCAAUCUUAAAUGUGAGAAAUACUAAAAGGACCUUCUUGAUAUUUUUAUUUUCCAUGUAUUCAGAAGGCUACUAAAAUCACUUUGGGCCACCUAAAAAAUGCCCUUCACCUGCAUGAGUGAACCUAUUAUGCUUGCUCCCAGAAGUAAUGCUAGUAAUACAUUUAAGAAAUAGACUGGAGGUCUGGGUCUUGGCUCUGGCUGGUAUGACCUGAACACGAACCACAUAGAAACGUCAUCUUUUUUCCUCCUAAGUUAAUAAGCAGAGGUGGGGAAUGUUGAUAAGCACUUAAAAAAAAGAAAGACACAAAAAAACUUCUAUUAAGUAUAAAGGAGAGCAUCUCCUAUUUUGAAUGUGUUUACAGGGGACCUAAAAGGCUUAUAAAUAUGCUUGACAGGUCACUGCAGAGUCAAGAUUUGCCACUAUAGAAGUCAAUCAGAUAAUUCUAGAGUCUGUGUGGUUUUCACUUGAAUGUAGACAACACCCAAGCAAAUAGCUCCACUCAAGGCUGUUGAUUCUUUCCGUCUAUAUCCGGAAAUUGCCAAGUCAAAAGCUUACCUGUCCUGGGACACAUGCUACCUACCGCCAAACAAUUUGCUAUAUUAUUCAUCACCUUGUCAGGUGCAUGCUUUCCUUAGAGCUAAGUUGCCCAGUGGAAUUUAGAAGUUCAAAAAGAAUGUUGUUGCACAAAUCAGCCCUCUAGUUUCUAUACCACUUAUCCUAUAUGACCUAGCACUGAAUUGCAUAUAUGAGAAUGUUUUGGUCUAUAUGGUUCUCUUUAAACUUCCCUCCUAACUAGUGUUCAAUUCCCUUUAUAUAAUACAUAUAUACAUAUGUGUGUACAUUAUAUAGAAUGUAUAUGUAUAUAUAUGUAUGCACAUAUAAAUAAAUAAAAUCUGUUUUAUAUUCAAUCUCCUCAUGUAUAGCCACUUGUGGUUUUCUUCUGUUAAGCAUAAAUCAUUAUAGUUAAUAUGAGAUACAUAAGGCAGGGAAACUGUGUUUCAGUUCUUUUGGUUUUCCAAAUUGUAAUUACUUAAAAUCUUUGUCUUGCUUAAUGUACCAUUUUGGGACUAAUAAACAAAUACCAAAUAGUG